UUUUCUUUCUUUCUCUUUUGUAGUUAUCUCUCUCUUUCUUUCUUAAUCUUCCGUUUCUCUUUCAUAUUCUCUAUCUUUAAGCAAUGGUGGACACCCAGACUGUGUGUUGCAUGUGCGGCGACGUGGGCUUCUCUGACAAGCUCUUCCGCUGUAACAAGUGCCGCCACCGCUUUCAACACUCGUAUUGUAGUAACUACUACAGCGAAUUUGCUGAGCCGAUUGAACUUUGCGAUUGGUGCCAAAGUGAGGAGAAAACCACAAAACAAGGCAGCUCUUCCAAGAAAUCUGCGGCCUCAAUCGACACCGGAAUUACAAGCCGGUCUGAGUAUUCAGGCGACAAAAUCAAGCAGCAGCACGAUCGUGAAGCUGAGAACGCCGAGAAGGGAAAGAGUCCAACACCUUCACCACGAACAGCUACGCGCAGGUUCAUUGAAGGGCCUUUAAUUGCUAGGCCCUCUAUUAUUGUCAAAUGGAUGGGGAAACAAGGAAAAAAAAGAACACACAGUGAGACACGCGCACAGAGACAAGAAGAAAUAAAGUACCUAGGGGGAAAAUUUUUACCCAUGUUUGGUUUAAAAUUUUUUUCCACAAUUUUUAGUUAUGGAAAAAGAAAUAUCGGGGAAGUGUUAGUGCUUUGAAUAAGAGACUAGGAGACGAGGAAGAGUUUUUAGUGGUUGGUAUUGCUUCUAGGCCAUUCAUUUGGUCAUGAAAUUUGCGAUAUUUUCUCUUACAUGCAUGUACUAUAGUGUCUUGACCCAUACUUUGUGAAAUAUCUUCGAAGUACACAAGUUGACAAGGCUUCCUCUAGUGAAUUUGUUUUGGCCAUUUAUGAGAAACGAACAAAAUCCCUUCUCAUUGGGGCUCUUGAAGUGACAAUGAAGCUAUCAUCUCUA